UGUUAUCUGCGUAUGUAAACGCAUAGCUGCGAUAACGGUUUACCGAUUUGGGAAUAAUAAAGAAUAAGCGACCUUUGAGCCGAACGUGAUCUUAUGUAGAAAACUACAAAGGCCCAACACUGGCGUUAUCAUUUUUCUAACUUUGUGCCGUUGGAUUUUGCGAAAUUACUCAUUAAUCUACUUCCGCUGUAGUGACCCAUGUACCAACUGUCCGUUUCUAAUGAUUGCACGAGGUGCACGUGUAUUUGUAACCACACAUGGUUUCGUGAGGAAUAAUGUGAUGUGUACACUCUUUAGUCUACGGUUUCGUUGUUGAAAGAGUGACUUUCAAGCUUGUAUGUCAUUUUUGGAAAUCACUAGUACAAUACAAUGUUUCUUGUUCGACAUAGUAAACUUUUAACUUGACAUAAAAUUAUAAAUUAAAUUGUGUUUUUCUAAAAUAUUAGUUGUGCAAUUAUCGUCUAUUAAAAAAUCGAUUUGUUUGUUAAAACACAUUUUGUUAAUAGAAGAAUAAAUCGCUGUAUUUUAUUACAUCGAAUUUUAAUUUAAAAAUUAAAAGUGUCAUGAAACUAAUGCCCUUUACUCCGGGUCAAGUGUCUUCAUUGACGAGGCCUGGUGGUGGAGGUGCUGGCAGUGCUACUAACGGCGGAACUGCUGGAUUAAACAACAAUGCUGCUGCUGCAGCAUUUGUAUUUAACAGCAACGCCGUGGCUGCUGCAGAUCUCUUUUGGCGGUACCAUCAUCCACAUCAUGGAGGCGCUUUCAACUUCCCACCGUCACCUACCCUCUUACCGCCCACUCCUUUCCCAUCACCUUUAGAUUUCAAACACCACUUGCCAGCUAACCUGAUAACUGAUCCUAGAAUAUGGAGCAAAGAAGAUGUAGCUGCUUUCAUUCAAUGGGCUGAACUUGAGUUUGAUCUACCUCGUUUUGACACUGAACUGUUUCAAAUGAAUGGCAAGGCUCUUUGUUUGCUGACUAAACAAGAUUUAGGUGAACGAUGCCCAGGUGCCGGUGAUUUGUUGUAUAAUGUUUUGCAACUAUUAAGGCGUGGUGGAGACAUCCUCAGUGCUAGCAGUGCUGGUCAUCUUCCGAGCAGUCCAGUAGCUUCACACUUUCCUUUUAGCCCUACUUGGUGUUUACCACCACAGCCAUCAUCACCGGCUGUCCUCAGCCCAGCACCAUCUAUUGACAGUCAAUCGGACAGUCCUCGACACAUGGACCAUCAACAAACACCAACUUCUGUUGGUCAUCACCUUACACCCAGCGUAUCAAUAUUUCCAACUAAUCCAACAGUCGGAUAUUCAAAUAAUGGUACCAGCUCUGGUGGUAGCAAUCAGUCUGAUUCAGACCCAGAAGAUUCUUCAAAUGGUAAUGGUCAACUUAAUUUACCACCACCUACUCCAACAACGCCAUCUUCUUCAACAUCACCACCACCAUACUCUCCAUCAACACCUAAGCAAUCUAAUGGAAACAUAUUUUUUCCUUCUGGUGAUUCCAACUCAAUUGAACCAAAUACAAAUGGUCGUCUCUUGUGGGAUUUUUUGCAACAAUUGUUAAAUGAUUCUCAACAACGUUUUACAAGUUUUAUAGCUUGGAAAAAUCAAGAAAUGGGAGUAUUUAAAAUUGUAGAUCCUCCAGGUUUAGCAAAACUAUGGGGAAUACAAAAAAAUCAUUUGUCUAUGAACUAUGAUAAAAUGUCAAGAGCCCUACGUUAUUAUUACAGAGUAAAUAUUUUGAGAAAAGUUCAAGGUGAAAGACAUUGUUACCAAUUUCUUCGUAAUCCAAGUGAAUUAAAAUGUAUUAAAAACAUAUCAUUGCUCCGACAACAAAUGGCAUCAUCUUCACCACAGACACUUCCUACACCAACUCCUGCUAAGCAAGAUAUUGGAACUGAAGUUUCUGAUGAUGAAUAUAAACCAACUGACCUCAGUAUGUCAUGUUCUCAAAGUCAAUGGCAAGAUGGACCUCAAGACUUAUCAACAGCUUCUAAUAGUUCAUCAAUGCAGCUGCAAUUAAAUAUGUCUACAUCUGUAUCACCACAAGUGUCUUCUGGUUUAUCUAAAACUGCUAUUAAACUUGAACAAGCUUCUUAGAUGCUGAACAUUAUCCCACUAUAUGGGAUAUAAAAUUGUAUUGUUAUAUACAAGUUUACUAGAAAAUUUUUUUAAUUUUUAUGUUACCAAGUUGAAUAUUUUUAUGCUAACAAAGGACUGUUAAAUUCCCAUUUUUGAUUUAUGAGGGUGUGGUCAAUACAGGGUAUUUUUCUGAUGCAUUCUAUUUUUAUGAUAAAGAAGCAUUAUUAGAACUGUUUAGCAGUCACUCGCUAUUUUUAUGGCAUAUCCUUAAGACUGUCGCACAACGAAAUACACAGAGCAUCGAUGUAGGUAUCUGAAUAAUGUUAUGUUACCAGUAGAAUAUUAUUAUUAUUUUUUAAUUGACUGACAUUAUAUUAGAAAGAGUUCACAGUUUGUGCGAGAAACCCUGUCUGAGAUUAUGAAAUUAUUUUUAUAGCAUUAUUUUGUGUAUUGCCCAAUAUUUUAAAGUUUAUAUUUUUUACUAUUUAUAAGCAAUUAGGUGAUUGAUUGUAAAACAAGUGUCUUCCUCGAUUUAGAAAAUUACGAUAUAAAAUAAUGAGUUGUUAUUAAUUGUUGAAUUAUGUACAUAGGCCUAUUUAAAUAAAUUUAUUAUUAUUAUUAUUAUUAUUUUAUUUUAUUUUAUUUUAAUUAUUAUGAUUUUUUUUUGAAAUGUAUAAUUUUAAUCAUAUACCUCAGAUAAAUUAAUUAUUACUAUAUUGAUGAACUAUGUUAAAAAAAUUUAUUUUUUUUAAUGUUCUAAUUUUUAAUUCACUUGUUUUGUCUUUUAUUCUAAUACAUACACAUUAUAAUUAAAUUAAUGUGAUAAUUUGUUGUAAACUGAAAGAUAUUCUUAAAUUAUUAUUAAUAAUAAAUUUUUAACUCUCACGUUAUUAAUUUAUCAUUUACUUAUGGUUUAUGUCUUAUUUAAUUAUUAAAUAUGUAACAGAAGUACGUAUAAUUAUUAUUAAUUAAGUCAAUACAGUAAUUUGGCAUAAAUUAUUAGUUUGAGUUUUAAGCGAACAUUCCUCCAAUACCAUAGAGAUACAUUUCAGCCAAAAAAAAUAAUAAAUUAGCCUUCAACUUGUUAUUAAUUUAUGAUACGUUUUUAUGUUAUAUAAUUAUUAUCAUAUACAUAUGUAUUUUUCAUGCUGUUUUAUGAUCUGUUGUUAAAUACGGCUCAUUUUUGUAUUAACUGUAGUUAAAAAUUUAAACUUAUUAUUAGGGUUUUUUUUGCUUGUCUUGUAUUUCAUGGUAGUAUUAUAAGAAAUGGUCUCAAGUUCAGGGUUAGAAAAGAAUAUUAAUUUUAUAUCAUUAUAUUUUAUUAAGAGUUUAUGUACGCUAAGCUCACUUGUUGUAAAUUCACGGGUUAAUACUUUUAAUACUUUGUUUUUUGUUUUUCUUUUUGAAAACGUUUCAAAACUUUGAUAUUUUGUUUGUAGAGGUUUAAAGUAAUGCUUAUUGAUCUCUAAAAGUAUAAAUUGAUGGAAAUUUAAAAACAAUUAUAUAAAUAGAAAGCAAGUAGUAUUUUGAAGUUAUUGUAAUUAAUAUAUAUUUAUGUGUAUAUUAUAUUAUUUUUGUAAUGUAUUGUAACAGAAAUUUAGUUCAUGACUUGUUACAUAUACUAAAAUUAGAUUAAAACAUUAAGAUAUUAAUGUAAAUAUUAUAUGUAUACAUAUAUUAUUAUUAAUAUAUAUAUAAGAAUUAUAA